UCCCUCGACGAUCUCUCGGACACGUCGUCUGUGCGCUCGGACGACAGCUACCUCCAGGCGCUCAUCGAGUGGGAGGAAAACCUCGACCAGCUCCGUGACAUCUUCGGCAUGGUCUUCCUCCCCUUACUCGGCCGCUAUCUCGGUCGUAAAUGGAGUUUCUGGGCAUUCGACCGCUACAAGCGGCUCGGUUUGGGCAAGGCAUUCCUUCUCGGC